GUGAAGUCUUCCAUGACAUCUCCUGACUGGCUGUGGAGGAGUGUGCUAUAUCACACCUAAAUAUGUACGUAGGAGAUGGAUGAGAAGUAGAAACCUCAGCUGUCAGCCACUAAAAGCAAAGAAACACAGUGAAGAGAUACCAGGAUGUCCACAGCCCAGAGUGCAGCCAUUAAUACUCUGCCUGUAAGCUGUGGAAGGCUGGCUCUGAAGAGAUGCCUAAGGACAUGAUUCCUCAGCCCCUCUGAAAGUUUCUUGCACAGCCAACCACUUGAAGAAGAAGGAAUUCUUCAGCCCCUUAUUUCAAAAGACCUUGGACUAUUUCCUGCUGUUCCACUCCCUUUGCUCCCACGUUUCGGCAAACAAAAGAUCCGGGGAGGAGGAUGAGGCAGCUAAGAGGAAAACCCAAAAAAGAGACCUCCAAAGAUAAAAAGGAGAGAAAACAGGCAAUGCAAGAGGCUCGGCAACAAAUCACCACGGUCGUGCUUCCCACGCUGGCUGUCGUAGUACUGCUGAUUGUUGUGUUUGUUUAUGUAGCGACUCGUCCAAAUACAACUGAAUGAUGCAUCUUUUCAGACUCUCUAGCUUUGGGGUAUUAAUAAUUUUACCAAGAGCCAAAAGGAACUCUCUGCCACUCUUUUAGUACUUUACAAAGGAACUUGCUGGUAUUUUCAGUCUUUCUCUUGGUUAGGGUCCUGCGGAUUCUCUUUAGGAAUGUAACAUAAAACGUAUUAGUGAAUGUGCCAGUACGUUUUAUGGCCCAGUUCAUGUGCCUUUCAGACUUUUAAAAUGGUGUUUUUCUUAAAUCUGUUUGAAGCUCUAUAUUGUAAAAGGAAAUUGUGUUCUGCUAUAAAUUUGUAAAAAAUCAGCUUUCAGCUUUUAUUGUUGAUAUGGAUAAUGUUGCUCCCAUGAGCUCUUGUAUGUCUACUUCAGAAUUUCCAAAGAAGUACAUUUCUUCUUUGUACUUAAUGUCAUAUGAAGUGCUUUGAUUCAGAAAGGAUAUAUUUAUUUUUUGAAUAAAAGAGAGAAGUCUUACUUGGAAUCUUCAAAUUAUUUUGCAAAAAAAGUCACUUACUGUGAAAGUCUACAUUGUGUAAUAAUUUUUUCAUUAACCACUAUAUAGCUCACUCAAAAAGAAUAUCCUUUUGGUGUGAGAUGCCAACAUGCAAAGCGAAUAUUUCAGGAUCUGCUGGAAGGAAUCCUACAGAAUUUGGAAAGGGAGAUUCUGCCAGGUUAUGGUGAAGUAACUAAUAGCAAUCUGCAUAAAUACAGAUAGUUGUUUAUCUGAAUGUUCAAUAUUUAAAUCUGUAUAAGUGGCAAUAAAAAGGCGAUUUUGGAUACA